UCUAGAUACAUAUAUAUUAUUUUGGGGGGAUCGGAUAAUGCAAUUGGAGUACAGUAUAUUUCUUCACAGUCUUCGAGUUUAUUCUUAUUUUGUUUAUUAAAAGGCGACGUUGCUGUUGUGUUCGGAUCACUUAAAUCCACAAUAAUGCCUUUUCCACCGAUAAAUCUCCAACGAAUCUCUUCUCCUGGCAGCGAGCUGUUCAAGAAAAAGAAACAGCUGGAGGAAAAAGACUCGGAGAAGGAAAAGAUGUCGAAGUCCUGGACUACAGCCAAUCUGAGGAAUCUGGGGCGAAAACCCCAGCAACAGAAAUGCAAACUCCCGAUUCAGGAGACAGCCAGGAGUUCCUUAGACCUUCUAACUUUACCCAAACAAUCUCAGGACUCGUGCAAGAGCGUUCCGCGUUCCAGUUCGAUGGAAGCCACCACGCACCCGGACAGGGGCAAGCAGUCCUCGCGGAGCUCCGUGGGAAAGGACGAGGCAGGAGAAGAAAGAGAGAUUAAAUUCUCUCUGAGCCUCACACCGGAGGCCAUUCUCGUUAUUCAAAAGCGCAGUUUAGAAAAACAGAUACUAGCCAAACAGCAGAAGGGUUGUGCUUCCGUAGACUUUCGACACAGGCGAGUCUUUCCAUCCAAACGGACUCAAAGUGGUUCCAAAAGCUCUACCAUCCCCGUCGCCAAUCUGCAACACGCAAAGGACAUUACAUCCAUAGUAAAAAUCUCUUUACUAAAUGAUCAAUAUAAAUACGAUGACGUGGAAUACGAAGAAGAAGAUGGAAAUGUGGAUGAGACGGUGGUGAGGAAAUGCAAAGAAUGGCUGAAAGGAGUUGAAAGCGCCUCUGCUUUUGUAAAAGUGGACAAACGAUCUGCCCUUCCGCACCUAAAAAGCUGUUGACUACCGCUUGUGAUAUUAUAGGACUUUAAUAUGAUGUGAUAUGGCAAGCUAUGAACAUUACACAUUGUAGCCUACACAAAGGACAUGGAUCAUUUGUAGCCUGUCCACUGACACUGCUCACCAUUACGCACGGCGAACACUUUCCACACCGAUGGGAAUGUUGUUUUUACUAGUCUAUGUCUAAUGUCAGAAUUGAAUAGCCUUUUAAUGUUGACACUGGCAGAAUCCUGUGUUCUCUUCUUUUGCACGUGUUUUUUUAUUUAUUGAGUCGGUUUUAUUCGUUGGUUGGGUGGUUAGGGGAUCUGACGGAAUGGAAUGAGGUGCCUGUAUGAGCGGCCUGCGAUCCAUGGACCCUGUUCCUUUGUGUCCAAGAACAAUAGCUGUCAACUACGACGACAGGGUUACUUUGUGCAUUUUCUUUUGGGGAAUAAAUGACCGUUUUUUUUUUACCCUCUCAGAAGAGGCAAAUGUUAUUUUUUUGUUGUUGCAUUGUCUGGAAAAGUAAAGUAAAACAUGUUUUAAAAGGUG